AUGGUCCUGGAACCAGGAGGUGGUCUGUCCUUCCCACUGCCUCCUGAUAGCGGCUCCGCUGGUUCCGGUGGUUCCCUCUUGACUCCAGCCAGACUGUUCCAGAGGGCGACACCCGUGUUUCCGUUUCAUCUGACAGGAUGGCCACCGCAUCAUCCGGUGUUAGGGCAGGUUCAGAGCCAGGUACAACAGACGAUGCAGGCACAGCAUCAGGCAGCCGCGGCCGCUGUCAGGUUCAGGUUCCUCAGUCAUCAUCAUCCUCAUCAUCCGCAUCCGGCACUAGGGAACCACCCCCUGGUGCCGGCGAUAACUAGCCACCAUCCGACCGCCCAUCAUCUUCAUCACGGCGCCGAUCACGCCGACGAGGAUGACGAGAAGAAAGGCUGCGACGGUGAAUCGGACGAAGGUGGGAGCAAAAGGCGAAGGAGCAGGACCAACUUUAAUAGCUGGCAAUUGGAGGAAUUGGAACGGGCAUUUCUCUCGAGUCAUUAUCCUGAUGUGUUUAUGCGAGAAGCUCUGGCUGUGAGACUCGAGCUGAAAGAGAGCCGCGUAGCCGUAUGGUUCCAGAACAGAAGGGCAAAAUGGAGGAAGAAGGAGCAUACGAAAAAGGGUCCAGGAAGGCCGGCGCACAACGCCCAUCCUCAGAGCUGUAGCGGAGAACCCAUUCCACCGGAAGAAUUAAGAAGAAAGGAGAGAGAGAGGCGGCAGAAGAAAUUGCUUAAGGCUCUUGAACGACAGCAGAGGAAAUUAGCUGCGAAGGGGAUCACCGUGGACCUCUCGACCCUUCGCGCCGAGUGGGAGUCACGGAGUGCCGCAGCGUCCAGUGGGAACUCGUUGAACGGCAACCUGAGCAGCUCUUUCAGCCAUCUGAGCAACAACAACGAGAGCAGCAGCGUGUCAGGCUCCGGGAACGACGCGAACGAGGAGAUCGACGUUGUGGGCGGUUUGGAUUCUUGCAGCGAGAGUGGUAGCGAGCGGGUAGAUUCCGCUGCUGACGGUUCCGUGGACGGGGAAUGUUAUCCUAGACUGUCUAACAGCAGCAACGAGCAGAACGAUACACGAAGAUCGGCGAGUCAGGUACCGGGUACGCUGCAGAGUCCGAACUCCAGCUUGAACCUGGAUCAUUUGAACAAUCAACAGGGCAUUCAUCAUUGGGGUUUGAUACUGGUGGAGAGAAGGGAGCUGAUGAACAUGAACAGUGCAGGUGGACCGCGUCAGACAACGAACAACCCUAGCAAUCCUGGUAGAACGCCUGUCAGGCAGCAGAGCAGCGAAGAGGAGGUUCAGAGCAGUAGCAUAGAUUUAUCGGUGAAAGGUAGAGAGGAGAGGAAGAGGCUGAACCCGUUCUCCAUUGACAGUCUCCUGGGUAAUAACAGAACCAGUACACCUGGUAUACACAACGAAUACAGAUCCUCGACGCCUACUCUGUCGAACGGAAGGGAGUCGAGCAGCCCCACGUCGCCGAUCUCGGUGCCCACUUCGCCAUCCACCACGUAGUGAGCUGAGUAACGUCGAGUUUAAUCCGGGUCCGAGGUAUGUCAGCGAAGAGUUUUUGGUGGUUAGACAACGAAGCGUAUUUGGCCAGUCACGUGUGAACAUUAAUAUAUCGAGAACAACGAGAGAUGAUCGCGAGGGAUAAAGGAUGAGAGAGGACGCGCGGUUCUUUUAGGUUAGGCAUCGUCGUUAACCGUUUACCGUUCGAAGCCUCGUCGACGGGUUUCUACGAUCGAGGACUUGCGCUCCGGACUUUCUGCGAUCGAUCGAACGAAGAACAAGGG